CACUGCACACUUUUGGCUGAGGAACCUGCAGAGCCUGUCUGAGCCUGCCAGCAACAGCAGGUUUACUGGAGACAGACCUGUACUGUGUAAUGGCUCUGUUGACCCUGCACAGGAUCCCAUCCCUGGCCACCGCUCAAAUGAUUUAACUUUAUGUCAAAGGCUUGGCUUUUCUCCUGGACUUUAUCAUUGCCAACUAAACCAUAGAUGACCUGACUGUAGGUCCAAGUCUCAUUUUCUUUGCAUAUUUUGUCACAGGAUCUAAUCACUCUACUAUCUUAACUUGUGUUCUCUCCUUUUUUUUUUUUCUUCUUCAAACCCUCAUCGUUCCUCUCCUGGCUCCUGCCCACUUCUCCUCUUUAAUUUCUGUUUUUUUCUUUCUUGACUCUGUCUGGACUUGUCAGUUGCGUAACAGGAUGAAAGCCUCCAAAGAAGAGGGAGACUUCAGAAAAGGGAGAGCUUUGCCCUUGUGAAGGGGGCGGUCCUUCUGCUGGAAGACGGCGAGGGGCUGGACCUUCAUGAUGAGACUUCUCCCACUGCGACUUCUCCCGUGAAACAGGGCAGUGGAGCGUCAGAUACACGGCACAGACACCUCCAUGCCAUGAUUGAACAGCUCAGACCAGAAGAUACCAUCAAGCUGGCGGUGCAGCUGGAGUCCGUCAGCCCCGUCAGAGUCAGGUAUCUGAUCGUGGUUUCCACCGUUGGCAGCAAACAGGAGAGCAUCCUGCUGGGCAUGGAUUUCCCCAACUCAGACAGUGAUCAGUGCACCAUCGGCCUGGUUCUGCCGGUAUGGAGCGACACGCAAGUGUAUCUCGAUGGAGAUGGUGGUUUUAGCGUGACCUCUGCCGAAGAGACCAGAAUUUUUAAGCCUGUUUCCAUGCAGACCAUGUGGUCAGUGCUGCAAGUGUUGCACGGCUGCUGCGAGCGGGCGGUGAAGGCAGCGGUGAUCCCAGGCUGUGGCUUGGAGUGGGCCCAGCACUACAACAAGCACAUCGAGUCAGAUCGCUUCUGCCUCAAUGAGUGGGAGGCCAUGAACGACCUGGAGUCCGUCCGCAAGGACGUUAACGGGCAGAGCUCGGCAGACAGAGUCUCCAACGAGAGUCUGAUCAAAGAGCACCUGAGAGACAUCAUGAGAACCGAAGACCUGGACAACCUCACAUCUAAAAUGGUGCACUCUGCCCUGGAGACGAGGAUAGGCUUCGACAUGAGACCCUACAAGGAGUACAUUGACAAUGAGAUCCUGGUCACCAUGGCUCAGAUGGACAAACCCUCUAAAAUAUUUGACUAUCUUUAUCUGGGCUCUGAGUGGAACGCAGCGAACUUUGAGGAGCUGCAGAAAAACAAUAUCGGCUACAUUCUGAAUGUGACGAGAGAGAUUGACAACUUUUUCCCAGAGUCUUUCACUUACAUGAACAUCAGAGUGUACGAUGUCGAAGCAACCGACCUGCUCCCCCACUGGACAGACACAUACACCUUCAUCGACCAAGCAAGGAAGAGUGGACAGGCGGUGUUGGUGCACUGCAAGAUGGGCGUUUCUCGCUCUGCAUCCACAGUGAUUGCCUACGGCAUGAAGCAGCAGCGCUGGCCACUGGAUGUGGCGUUAGCCUACGUCAGGGAUCGCCGGUCCAUCAUCAAGCCCAACGAGGGCUUCAUGAAGCAGCUCCAGACCUACAACGGCAUCCUCAAUGCAAGCCAGCAGCGUCACAGCACACUCUGGAGGCGAAAGUCGAGAGACCAAAGACAGAAGUCAGUACGCAAGGAGGAGCGAAGAGAGGAGGGAAAGCCAGAGGAGGAUGAGGAGGAGGAUGAUGAUGAGGAGGAGGAUGAGGAUGAGGAUGAGGGACUUGAUGAAGAGGAGGACGUAGAGAGUCCAGAUGAAAAAGAUUCUGGCAGCCCGGAUGAAAAAGAUGAAUCGGAGGAAGACACAGAGGUAUUUGAAGAACCCACCCCCACGUCUGACACCAACCAGGAACCUGGGCAGACAGGACCACCAAGUGUCAAUCCCAUAAUCACUGUAAAUGAACCAGAAAAGGUUGCUCCAAGUGUUAAUCGCAGCGGCAGGAUGAACCUCUUCUCCCUCAUGCAGUCCAUUAGCGAACUGGAUGACGAGGAUAAGGGAUGUGAACAGCUUCCUGGCAGUCCGAGGCAGUCUCCAGGACAGAGGAAGCGAAGCCACAUGCGCCGAGGUCUGACUCACCAGAGAGCAUGUGUGGACGUUUCACCUGAACCGCGCAACCUGCUGGACGCAGGUCAAAGUAAACCCUAAAGUAACGAAAGACAUGGGAGAGCAGGAAGGGAGAGGGUAUUAUAAAGGAGGCAGAGAGGAGGAAAAGCAUGGUGGGGGAAAAGUCUGGACUAUGAAAGUUGAAAUUUUUUCUGGUAACAUGCCAUGGUUUUUAUACUCUGCUGUGCUCUGGCUCAGUUACAUAUUUUAGAUUAUUUUGGUGUUGAAAGUUUUAAUUUAUGUUUUGAAGGUCAUUUUCAUUGUACUUUCUUUGCAUUUCUCUGUUCAUAAUUAUUACUGGUAACUAAUUAUAAAAGGAUCCUGCUUCAGCAUUGCUAUACCAGUAAAAGCCAGGAUUCUGAUUGAUACAUUGUUGUAUUAUGACGGUUUAUACAGUGUUUUUAGAACAUAUCCUACCACAUAGACAUAGAAGUCUCUCCUUCCAUGUAGCGUCCUCUUACUCAAGCUCCCUUUUUACCAUUUCCCUUCUUAAGCUCUCACUCUAGAGAUUAUAUGCUAUGCAAUUACUGUUCUCUGUAAAUAUGAGGCUGUAUGCUGCCAAUCCAAGGUAAACAGUUUGAAAUGAUUUUCAUAUUCUCAUCAGAAGUUUUUUUUUCUUUUUUAACAAGCGUACAUUGCUCACAGAUGGGAGGAUUGUACUGUCUAAGCUGUGCAUUAUGGACCAAGUUAGGGCCAGUUUUGUGGCACAAGCCUGUUUGCCAAACUAUGUAUUCCAAUGUGCCAAUUAAUAUAUAUUUAAUUGAAAAUCUUUAUCAUGUCAGUAUAUUAAAAACGUCUCCCAUUUUAUUUUUGUUCAUUCUAUGUAAACACCAGGGCUAUAUGAGUGCCUUCAACCUGAGAAUGAAAUACGACUCUAUGACUGGUGUUUUUAAUGUUUUUACUAAGAGGUGGUGGCCAAAUAUUGUAUGUGUCUUGUACUGUUUCUCACUUGGUUUGAUUGCAGUAUAAAUUUGACUUCCUAAGGUUUUGCAUGUAUGCAUAAUGCAGAUAUAUAUACAGUAUGUAUGUAUCGACACAAAAUUGCUGAUGAACUGGGUGCAUGUUAUGUGUUUUUAUAUCAGCCUGUGAGAGCAAAUUGUUCAGGGUUUUCUCAUGUAUUUAUAUGGACAUUUAAUGGAUAAAUUAUUCAAUACAUUCUUUUCAGAUUGAUGAUCACUAGAUGCUGAUGUGGAGCAUUCUUAUUUCAUGCUGGUGUUAUCCAAUGAACCCUAGUUACAGCUCACUUUACAUUUAAUCUGCAUGUUCACCGUAAAUGAAAAAAAAAAAAAAAGAAACCAUGCACUUUAUAAUCCCACAACACACUGUUCCCACUGCCUGAGCCAAUGUCACGCUGUACUAUGAUCAAAAUGGUCAGACUUUUUUUUUUUUUUUUUUUUUAAAUCUGAAGUCAACAUUUCUAUGCCUUCUUGUGUUAAGCUCUCCACUGUCUGCACCUCACUCUUGUUUACAACAAGCACUAUGAGUGAAAAAUAAAUGAUUAUCCUCAAACCAA